UGUGAUGCUGAAUUGUACACGCAUUUAAAUCAGUCCAAUCGUGCCCAUCGGGGGCGCAUCAUGCCUUCUCCCUACGAGGCCUUACAGAACCACAUAUAACUUUCAACCCUUUACUAUCGGGAUGGGACCAAAUGUAAAUAUUAUCCCUUUGACAUAUUUAUUCGGGCCGCAAUGGCUCUUGAAAUGAAAGGGCUCCUCCUUAUAUUGUUUUGCGUACUCUGCGUUGGAACUGGAAACGAAAGUCUCGAAAUUUUCGACGUGCUGUCCGUGGUGCAAGAUGGCGCAUUACCUGAAGGAGUAACACGGGUGCCAGGCCGAUGUCAGUCGCCUGGCACACCCGAAACGGAAUCUACGGCUUUCUCUCUCAACGAGAAUGCGACUCUUCACCAACUAUCGGCUGGAAUGUUCUUUAACACGUUCCCUGAAGACUUCUCAAUUUUAGCAGUAGUACGUCUAUCGGCAGGUACAGACCAAAAUCCUCUUUUUGUUCUGUAUUCGGAUGCCGGCGACGAACAAUUGCAGUUGGUUAUUGGUGAACUCAUAGAGUUGUACUACGAGGAUACGCGAGGCCAACCUGAAGAUCACGAACUGCUCACAUAUCGAGUUAAUAUUGCUGACGAAAAGUGGCAUAGAGUGGCAGUUAGCAUUAAGGGUGAUUCCGUGACAUUACUCGUUGACUGCGAGAUAAGUGGCACGUUGCCUCUGAGGCGACAUCCUGGCAGCACUUUUAAUUUAGCUGGCGUUUUAGUCGUCGGUACUCAAGUAACUCCCGACCAGUAUUACGAGGGCGAUAUUGAAUUGCUCCAAUUCGCUAAUCAACCGGACCUUGCGUACGACAUGUGUAUUUCUGUAGCACCAGAUUGUGGAUCAUUUGGACCAUACGACUAUGAAUCAUUGAAUUCGGUGAACGAAUUCGAUAAAGUACCUGAUUACGCAGCUACACAACCAUCGGUUAGCGAAAAUGACAAAUAUGAUCAGUUUGGACAACGAUUAUACACUGAUAAAAACCAAUCCGAAACCUUAUGGGCAGCUGCUAGCAGAGAACUGACAACAGCGAGGCCGUAUUGGCAAGUGCCAGAUUCUUAUGGGUUCACUGUACCAUAUCCGGUUUCCACCGACGACGAUGAAAACAGCAUUUUCGGCAGAUUUACUGACACCGAUGAAUACAUACCUACACUAUCUAGUAUUGAAGUCAGUCCCACUGGAUCAUCCGGUAUUGUCACUGUUACGGGGAAACGAGAUAUUGACAGUGAUACGGAAGUCCCUACGCUUACUACGACAGAAUCAUCCUAUCCGUCCAUCACAACGACCGAAGAUACCGACUGGCUCACACAUUCGCCUAACUUUAGCGAGGGUAACGUAUCAACAAGAUACGACACAUCAGACAGUUACUAUGACUAUGGAAGUACAGGGACGUAUAUGGGUCCACGUGGAUAUCCUGGGCCCCCAGGUCCACAAGGACCAAGAGGACCUAAAGGUGAACCGGGUAAGCCCGGUGGAGAGGGUCAACAAGGGUUUCCUGGAGCUCCAGGACAUGUUUUCGUAGUUCCGAUACAACAACCGGGCAAUGAAAAAGGGCCUGAUGUACAAUCUGAAGCACUUCGUCAAAUACUUACUCAACACAUGGCUGCAAUGAGAGGAGCAGAAGGUCCUAUGGGUCUUACAGGACCACCUGGUCCAGAGGGAGAUAUCGGGCCAGAAGGAUCAAAGGGCGAGUCAGGAGAUCAAGGAGAACCAGGACCACCAGGCCCAAGAGGCUUACAAGGACCACCGGGGCGAUUGGGUCGGAGAGGCCACGCAGGUAGAGAUGGUGAACGCGGUUCUCCUGGACCUCCUGGGCAGAAAGGGGAACAGGGUUAUCCUGGACAAACGGGAAUGCCUGGUGAUAAAGGAGAAAGAGGCACACCAGGGCAACAAGGAGAAGCUGGUGCUCCUGGACUAGAUGGACCUCCGGGUGAUGAUGGACCACCUGGUCCUCAAGGAUUAUCCGGGGAACUGGGUCCAAGAGGCUUUAUAGGACCUCGUGGAUUUCCGGGAUUAAUCGGAUAUCCUGGUAUACCGGGAAAUGAGGGACCGCAAGGAACUAAAGGAGCUGCUGGACAGCCUGGCUCACCCGGGUCACCAGGCCAACCAGGCCCUAUGGGUCCUGCCGGCUCACCUGGGCCUCAGGGUUCUAUUGGUGCUCCAGGCAUUCAAGGUCCGCAAGGCAAACCAGGAAUAUCAGGACUUCCAGGCCCCGAAGGCUCGCCAGGAACUCCUGGUACGCCUGGACAACAAGGCUCACCUGGUGAAGUAGGAUCCCCAGGACCACAAGGAAUGUUAGGCUUUCCAGGAUCUCGAGGAUUAAAAGGCGACGAUGGACCAAGGGGCUUAUCCGGUGACAAGGGAGACAAAGGAAUCAGAGGACUUGAAGGAGAAAAGGGUGAAAUAGGCCCUAAAGGAGAACGUGGAUUAGUCGGAGAGUCUGGCCCGCCAGGCAUUGAAGGACCUGAAGGACAAAAAGGUACAGAAGGGCCUAGAGGAGAAACAGGAUCUAUUGGUCCUUCCGGUGAAAAGGGCGCGACUGGACCUCAAGGCCCAUCUGGGUAUCCUGGAACUCAAGGAGAAAAGGGAGACAAAGGAGCGGCUGGGAGGCGUGGACGACGAGGAACAAAAGGAAUAAUGGGAUUGAUUGGAAUACCAGGAGAUCGUGGUGAAGGCGGACCAAGAGGCUAUAGAGGGCCACGCGGACGUAGAGGUUCGGAUGGGCCGCCAGGGCCUAAAGGUGAUACAGGCCAACCUGGUCCCCCUGGUUCUGUUGGUGAGCGUGGCCCACAGGGAUUAGAGGGUCCACGCGGAUUUCCGGGCAAUAUGGGACCACCGGGUACAGAUGGCAAACCCGGAUUACCUGGUACGCCAGGAGAAAGAGGACCUACGGGAGAAACUGGAUCAUCCGGAUUACCUGGUCCGCCUGGACUAACUGGACCACAAGGACAAAACGGUGAUCCUGGACCACCCGGACUCCAAGGACCUUCCGGUAUACCAGGGACACCAGGAGAAGUAGGAGCGCCUGGUGACAUGGGUAAAGAUGGUCCCCCAGGACCAUCUGGUCCCGAGGGUAAACCUGGACCUGUCGGUCCUCCUGGUUCACCUGGACCUAACGGCGAACCAGGACUACCAGGAGUGCCUGGAACACCUGGAUCUAAAGGAGAUCUCGGCCCACCGGGUCCACCAGGAGUAAGGGGUGAUAAAGGUGAACAAGGAGAAGCUGGGCGAGAAGGAUUACAAGGUCCCAUGGGCCGUGAAGGACCACGAGGAUCGCCAGGGCCAGGCGGACAGAAGGGAGAAAUCGGGGAACCUGGUGCUAUGGGUACUGUCGGUCGCGACGGUCUACCCGGACCAAGAGGGUUGACGGGCACUCCAGGGCCAGUGGGGCCCCCAGGGGAGGAUGGUGACAAAGGAGAUGCUGGGCCUCCAGGAGAAAAGGGCUUUAAGGGUGCAAUGGGGGAACCAGGUCCCAUUGGCUCACCAGGAAUACAAGGUUUAAGAGGAGAGCCCGGCCCUGUCGGACUACCAGGAGAUAAGGGUCCCCAAGGUGAUCCCGGGCCACCUGGAAUACCUGGGACUGAUGGCGCUCGAGGACCCCCUGGACCAACUGGAAAAAAUGGACCAGAAGGCUCGAAAGGCGAUCAAGGAGUAAAAGGAGACAGGGGAGAUAAUGGACCUAUAGGGCCACCUGGGCCUGCUGGUCUUACUGGGCCUCCUGGACGACGAGGUCCAAAGGGAAAUCAAGGAGAUCAAGGCCUUAGAGGACCUGAAGGAGAACAGGGAGAAGUAGGAAGUCCAGGUGCUACUGGACCACAAGGACCUCAAGGGCCAGAAGGGAAAAUUGGGCCCAGAGGACCGGUCGGACCAAAGGGGGAAGAUGGUGCACCAGGACUCCAAGGAGAAACAGGUUCAAAAGGCCUUCCUGGACCAGAGGGAUCUAAAGGAGACCCUGGACCAUCUGGUUUUCCCGGAGAUCGAGGAGAACCAGGGCCACAAGGAAUAAAGGGUGAACCGGGUUCAGACGGGCCAGAGGGGAGUACAGGCCCACCAGGCCCACCUGGACCCACGGGCCCAAUAGGAAAACCAGGGGAAACUGGAAUGCCCGGCAGCCCCGGCACGGAAGGACCAGCAGGCGCUCAAGGAAGCCCUGGUUUACCAGGUGAAAAGGGAGACACCGGUCCUAAGGGUUCUCCUGGUGAUAUGGGCCCUGCUGGUGCAAUGGGAUUGACUGGACCGGAAGGUCAACGAGGUUUAAGAGGACUUCCGGGCCCACCAGGAGAUGUGGGACCACCUGGCUUUAUGGGACCAUCUGGUGCACCAGGUACCUCUGGGCCGCCAGGCCUACAAGGAUUAAAGGGUGACAAAGGAAACAGAGGACCAAAAGGGCAUAUUGGAGAAACGGGGCCAAUGGGUAUAAAAGGAGACCAGGGAGAAAUAGGAAAGCAAGGGCCACAGGGUCUUACGGGCCCUGCAGGACCAAAAGGCGACAUGGGUCCUGUCGGACCUGCAGGUGGUAAAGGUGAUAUUGGACCUAUUGGGCCGGUCGGAGCAGAAGGCCCCCUCGGGCCUAAAGGUUCACCGGGACCUGAAGGUCGACCAGGUCUACCUGGACCACCGGGAGCACCUGGCCCUCCAGGUCCUCCAGCAUUAGCGCCACAAUUACCCGCUGGGCUAUUUAUGUCUAGUAGAAAACGACGAAGUCUAGAUGAUGAUCCAAUGGAGACUGCGACAGAAGAUACUUUCGAUGACGCGGAAGAAGUUGAAUGGGCGCAUGAAAUCAUGUCAGGAGUUAUCGCCGCACGAACAGCUGUGGAAACGGCAAAGAGACCUUGGGGUACGAGAUCGAAUCCUGCGCUAUCUUGCAAAGAUCUACGGACUUCACACGUCAAUUUAACUGAUGGUUACUACUGGGUUGAUGCACGAGGAGGUGGUGGACGUCCCAUUCGUGUGUAUUGUAAAGAACACAACACCUGUCUGUUCCCCGACCAUAUGAGUCCUUCAUCAUAUUCUGAUGCCACCGCACAUAAAUUCUCACAAAUAGAAAAUGGAUUUAGGAUCACAUAUGAUAGCGAAGGUUCUGGCUCAAUACAACUUCGUUUUCUUCGACUGCUUUCGAAUGGUGCGAGACAAAACUUCACCUACAACUGUGUGAACACCCAAGCUCCACAAAGGUCAGACAUACCGGUAGAUUUGAUGAGAGUAAAUGAACUAAAACUAUUUGGACAAAACAACGUCGAGUUCAAAGAGCCAAAGAUUAUUAAGGACGAAUGCAAGGAUGGAACAGGUGAAAUAGUUCUUGAAGUGAAGACAUCUCGCAGCGAUAGAUUGCCGAUUAGUGAUUUUCAGCCGCUUUCGUUUGUAGACGCUGAGCAUGAGUUCUCAUUUACAGCUGGACCAAUAUGUUUUAACUAGAGGAAUGUAUACAUUAUGUACUUAAGCUUUGAUCAUUGUAAAUAUUGUAAAUAAAUGUUGUGACGACUAAAAAAUAUUGUUUUUUUUUUUAAUAUACAUCAAUAAUUGUAUUCGAAAUCUAUAGAUCUGGACUGGACUGAGCAAUCAAGCUGUUUAUUAAAUAUUGACAGAAAAA